UUCUCCAGUAUUUGGAAGAGAGAGCAACUCAGUCAUAAAUAAGCUGUAACCAUUCGGCAACUUCAAUGGAGGAAAGAAAGCAAAGAUGUUCCAUGCAGCUCAAGUUGGAGAUUGUGAGAGCAAGAAAUAUUUCAAUUCAGCCUGCCUCCAGAGGUAGUUUGUUUGUUAGAUAUCAUCUAAACAAGAACAUAGCAGUGGAUGCUAAGGAGGUUGAGGCCUCCACAGAGCCCCAGUGGGGGCAAACAUUCUGCUUGGAAUGUGAGGGAAAAGGAAUAGAGGAAAUGUUAUCUGCACUAAUAAUGGAAUCAGAGAAAGUUGUAUUUGAAUUGAGGUGGAGGAGAAGAAUAGCAGUAUUUGGAGGAUUGAAGAGCAAAUUAUUGGGAAAACUUGAGGUUACAUGGGAGGAGAUAUUGUCAAUUGCAGUGUGGGUUACAGAUGUUCAAUCUGAGAAAGCUCUUCCAUGGAAAGAAGAGAUCAAGAUGAAGAGCGAUUCAAAGAAAUAUAGCGAAAGUAGAAAUGUCGGAAGGCGUUUGGAAAGGGAGGAGUGCGGAUGUGGAGGACACGCGUGCAGAGCUCAUCAGGACGUCCAUUAUUUUGCUCAAGUGUAAAAGGAAACGUAUUUUUGUUUAAAUCACAUUUAUAGAAGUCUUGUCUGCCACCAUCUGGUAAAGUUGUACUAAAAUGUCUUUGUAAAACAUAAG